CUCUGAGCCAAACAUUCAAUAAGUAAUUUACUCUUUAAGAGAAGAGUUACUGUGCUUUUGAUUAAUACAAACUUUUCACAAGAAUUUCGUGUAUUAUUUUGGCCUUAUUUUAGUGACAAUUUGUAUGAGUUUUAUGAUUCUGUUCUUCGAGGAUGAAGUGGUUUUUCUCGAAGUAAUUUGUAUCGUAUUUUUGACGGUCAUAUUUGUGCGAAUAUUUGAUUUGAUUAGUGAUCGCUACAAAGUAGACAUCAAUUUGUUGGCCAUUAUGGGCAAUAUUAUUUCCCGAAUCACUGGAAGUAAUGAUAAUAACAGAGGGGAUAAUAUCACAAGAAGUAGUUUUAGACACAAGUCUAAGCCUGACAAUAACGGGAGCCCUCAAGUGAAUGCACCGGAAAUACGGAAACACUCGUCAACACCGGUAUCGGAAACGACACCAAAAUAUGAGCGAAAACUCGCGAAACCGUUGCACUCGACGGCCAAUAGUGGCAAACAUGUUGUGCCCAAAGCCAGGGAUAAAGAUAAGGACAAAACAGUAUACACGACAACGUUUGAGACCCAAGUGGACGCCCCGCCACCCCAUCCCCUCGAAGAGCGUUUCCAAGACAUCCAAUUGGAUGAGAUUGAGGUCGAGACCAAUCUGUUCGCACCUGAAGUGGAGGACGCGGUCAUCAAAAUACAGGCCGGAGUCAGAGGAUAUUUGGUCCGAAAACAGGUCAAAGAGUUGAAGAAUAAUGCCGUCAAUGAUGAUGAGGAAGACACACCGGUGGUUCCGCCUCCAAAACACUUUGACGAUUUCGGAAGUGAUGACAAUCAGGGGUUAAGUCCUUUAUGUGAUUUAGAAAAAUGGAAGAAAUUGUCGCAACAUUUGGAGGAAAUAGUUAAAGACAACGCCGAAGAUGUCAAUGGAUCUGCUGUUAAGACAUCAGACGAUAAGUCACCACAAGUGCCUAUAACUGAAAAUGUGAUUCCACUGAAAGACAGUAACGAUCAUAAAGUGAUCGAGACUUUUGACUGCAAGGAAAAUAUUUUAGACAUUGAGUCUCCAGAAGUUUUGUCAUCCAUUAAGACGUCGACUGAUGAGAAAGUGGUUGAAAAAGACAUGAAGACUUUGGAGCAAAUAAAUAACAAAACAAAUCGCUUGAAUAGUACUGUUUCUGAGUCACAAGAAUCGGAAGUGUUGGCAGAAUUGAAUCAAAUUCUUGAUAACGACGAGAAGAAUAUGAAGAAUAAUGAAUUGAAUGCA